CUUUCUCUUUUUUUCUUUUCUUUCUAUUGUAAAAAAUGAAUCCUUCUCAAAGCCCUAGCCCUAAUGUCACGUUCUUCUCCGGUGAUAACUCUAUUUAUCCUUUCAUGGAUAAUCUCGAGUUCUCUAGUUUGAUGUUUGGUAUUGAUGAAGGAGGCAACAAUGGUUUGAAACAGCAGGAAGCUUCACCUCCGACAAGCAUCGUUUCGUCGGAGGCCUUUACCGGCGAAUAUGGCGAAUCCGGCAGCAGUAAAAAGGAAUCAACGGGAAGUAAAGAUGGUGAGAAGAAGGAGAUGGGUGAUCGAGUAGCAAUUAGAACGAGAUCAAAGAUUGAUGUGAUGGAUGAUGGUUACAAGUGGAGGAAGUAUGGGAAGAAAUCUGUCAAGAACAACACUAACAAGAGGAACUACUACAAAUGCUCAAGUGAAGGUUGCAUGGUGAAGAAGAGAGUAGAAAGAGAUUGUGAAGAUGCAGCUUAUGUGAUUACAACCUAUGAAGGAGUCCAUAACCAUGAGAGUCCCUCACAUGUCUAUUACAAUGACAUGGGUUUGUCUUAUGAUCAUGAUAAUUGGAAACAACACUCUCUUCUUCAAUCUAUCCAAAUAUAUCCUCCAUCUUGA